AUGGAGUACUUUAAUUCCCUCGUUGUUCUCCUUUUGUUGGUCAUUCUAUUAUUCAACUUUUUCCGUGACAAAAGUGGACUCCCAACUAAAUGGCCCCUUGUUGGGAUGCUUCCAGGAAUUCUCAUUAACGUCCAUCAAAUUAACGAGUACAUCAUUCAAAUUAUGGAGAAAUCUGACCUGACUUUCCAUGUCACGGGGUCUUGGUUUACUAGCUUGAAUUUCAUAGUUACUGUUGAUCCAACCAACGUUGAUCAUAUAUCUAGCAAGAGCUACAGAAAUUAUGUUAAGGGCCCUAAGUUUAAUGAAAUAUUUGAAUUUCUUGGAGAUGGGAUUUUUAAUACAGAUUAUACUUUGUGGCAAUACCAUCGAAAGUUGGCUCAAUCUUACUUCGGUCACCCCAAAUUCCACUCAAUUUUAAUGAACAAAAUUCAAGAAGAGAUAGAGAGUAGACUCUUCCCAGUACUUGAUCAUGUCGCUAAGCACGCUAUCGAAAUCGACUUGCAAGAUCUGUUCAAGAGGUUCACUUAUGAUAACAUAUGUGCCAUCCUCAUGGACUAUGACCCGAAAUUUCUCUCCGUCGAUUUUCCUCCAAUUCUAGUUUCGAAAGCCGUGACACAUAUCGAAGAGGUGAGCUUUCUCCGUCAUGUAAUGCCAACACUCAUAUGGAAAUUAUUAAGGUGGUUGGGUGUAGGUGAAAAGGAAUACAACAAUGCUUGUAAGACUCUUGAUAAUUUCAUCUAUAGUUGCAUAGCUAGGAAAAGAGAACAAAUGCGUACACAAAAUGAAAUCACUGAGGUAAAUACCGACUUAUUGUCAUUAUAUAUGGAUGACUUAGAAAAUGUCAAAACUCUAAUUAAUAAUGAUGGUGAUAAAUUUUUGAAAGACACGAUUUUAAAUUUUUUCAUAGCAGGGGGAGAUACAACUAGUGUUGCAUUUUCUUGGUUCUUUUAUCUUCUUUCAGUAAAUCCACAAGUGAUUGUUAAGAUUAGAGAGGAACUAAAGACUUUAAUUAUACAAGAUCAUGACACACAUGAUGAUAUUUUUUCAAGGAAUUUCAUCGAGAACAGUAGUAAGCUAGUUUAUCUUCAUGCUGCAUUAUGUGAAGCUUUAAGAUUAUAUCCUCCAGUGGCAUUCAAUCACAAAACUUCAGUGAACUCGGACGUUCUCCUAGCUAGUGGUCAUCGAGUCGGUCCGAAUACGCAAAUUAUCUUCAACAUGUAUGCAAUGGGAAGGAUGAAAUGUAUAUGGGGAGAUGAUUGUGAUGAGUUUAAGCCAGAGAGAUGGAUAUCAAAAGGAGGAAGUAUUAAACUUGAGCCUACAUACAAGUUUCUGGCUUUCGGUGCGGGGCCGAGGAUUUGUCAAGGAAAAGACAUGGUUUUUACCCAAAUGAAGGCUGUAGUAGCUGCCAUAAUCCAGAAGUAUGAUAUAGAGGCUGUAAAAGGACAUCAAGUUGUUCCUGAUAUCUCAGUCGUCCUUCAAAUGAAGCAUGGUUUUAAGGUUAAGCUGAGUCAUUCUCAGUAUUAA